AUGCAGUUGAUACUAGAGAAAAUCGAGGGUUUAACCGAAAAGGAAAGUAUAGUCAACCAGCACGGAGUGCGGGUCAGCUUUAUCGGGAAUCUCAAGCUCGUUAGCGAGCCCGUGAAGUUGGCUGCCGAACGGGCCAUGCGGGCUACCGAAAGAAACUCGCGGGCCGUGCUCUCGAUUUGCAUAGCUUACACUUCCACGGAUGAGAUUGUACGUUUGGUCAAGAAAGUUUGUAUCGAGAAAAAAUGGGUCGGGGAGUGUUGUGAUGUUGUUGACGUGGCGGAUGUCGAUAGGGGGAUGUAUAUGGCGGGUGCUCCCGAUGUGGACGUUUUGGUCCGGUCAUCGGGCGAGACCCGGCUGAGCAAUUUUCUCCUGUGGCAUAGCGCAUGUGCCUUAUUGUACUCCCCACAGGCGCUCUGGCCGAAAAUCGGGUUCCGGCACCUGGUCAGGGCGGUUUUGGAUUUCCUGAGGAGUUUUGCGUACUUGGAAAAGAGACGAGAAGUAAGUUAG